UCAUCAGUAAGUAACCGUAAACGCCAUAAUAAGGAUGCGAUUCGGAGUAGGCAAUCCAUCGGUCCUAUCUGUGACAUGUCAUGCUAACAUGAUGUGCAACACUAUCUUUUUGACCCGAGACAUUUCCACCAAUCGUUGAAUACUUUCUGGAUGUUUAUUAUCUAGAUAUCGGCUUUACAUAUAAAGUAUAUUUUUAGUUGUGUAAGCUAUCAAACGAUCUACUUCGCGACCUUUGCUUAAUAUCUACAGUACUGUAGCUGACGUUAGUGCUACCAGAAAAUGUUCACCGGUAUAUAAGAUAGUCAGCGAAGUUGCAAAAUAUACAUAUCGCGUUUAAUUAUCUCCGGAAAGUUACUAACGGUCACUAUUCUUUGCUUAUUUACUUUAAACAAUUGGGGAUAAUCUAUCAACAGCUCAAAACAAGAGUGAUGGUGCUUCCCUUGGUGAAUCUUUGUGCCAAAGAGGUUGUGAGUGAUCACAGUUCCUCUCCGGGUUGGCUUGGCUGUGUACCCAGGGAACUGUACAGACCGCUUCUGGAGGCUGCCUUCACCAACUGCCGCCCGCUGGCUGUCGGGGAAUUGGUGCAGCGAUGGCCCGAGCGGACUCUGCGGGCUGGCGGCCGGAGGCAGGGGCAGAGUCCUCCAAAUCGACUCUGUGUCCAGGCUCUUUUGCUCGCGGUGGUCAGAGGGUUGUCGGACAAAAGGUGUGCUCUCCAGGUGCUGGACCUAUGUGGGCUGCAGUGUGAGGAGGGAGGAGUGGGAGACCCAAUGGGUGGUUGGUCACUGACCGUGGCCCUCAGCACCAUGGUUGUACAGGCCAGGGCUGCAGCUCAGAAGGCCCUCGGGAGAGAGGGGGAACGGGAAAGGAAGAGAGUGCUGGCCAUGGAAAGGGAGAGAGACGUGGUCAAACGAGAAAGAGGAGGAGGGUUAGAGGAAGGAGAGGGAGGCGGGCUGCUGGUGGAGUCUGUGAGAAAAGAGAAAGAGGAGACAUCGGGGUGUCUGCGGGAGGACCAGCAGGUGAAGGGGGUGAGGAGGAGGAUGGAGAUGGAGAGGAGAAAGGAGAGUGCAGCAGUGGCAGGUGGUAAGGGGGAGGCAGACUCUGAGGUAGACAGCGAGGUGGUGGUGUGUGUGAGGGCUGACCUCUUUGUGAAUGCCCGCUCCUGGGAGCGUGUGCGCGCAGCCCUGGGUACGACAGGCCCCCUCAAGUUACAGUGCAGGUAUGUCCGUGUGGAGGAGCUCUCUGUCUCCAGCAUCGGAUCUCUGCUAGACCUCCUACCCCGUCAUGUCCUCCUGGGAGUGGACAUCCGCUACAGCUGCCUGGGGGUGGCCGGCCUGGCUCUCCUCCUCCCUCAGCUCUCCAUGUUCCCCAUGCUGAGCUCCUUGCGCCUGCACUAUUGCAACCUGGACAUCCGCAGAGACAUGGCUGGCCAGGAGGGGGCAAUGAAGGACAUGUCCCAGGGGUUGGGGAAGCUCAGUCAGCUGCGCCGCCUCAGCCUCACUGCCCUCCGGCUGCCUGGACACCUCCGCAUGCUGCUCAGCUCUUUCCCUCAGCCGCUGGAGGUGCUGGAGCUUCCCUACCUGAGCCUAACCCCCGCCGACCUCUCCUAUCUAUCCUGCAGCCCGCAUGCCUCCUCGCUGCAGCAAUUGGACCUGAGUGAGAACAGGCUGGAUGAGUUGGCCUUGCCCUCGAUGCGUCGCCUCCUCUCCCAGGCAUCCAGCUGCCUCAUGCAACUUUCCCUGAGCGGCUGUGGCCUCACCGACGGCAUGUUGGCGGCAAUGCUCCCGUCGCUCAGCUGCUGCCGAGGCCUGAAGAGCCUGGGCCUCGCCUUGAACCCGCUCUCCCUGGCUGGGCUCCUGGACCUGGUGAGGACGGCGGUCAGGAUGCCCUCCCUCCGACAGCUUCUGUACCCCAAUCCCCUGGAGGACUACCAGCCUGGGCUGCCCCCCAUGCCCUCCAGUGCCCAGCUGCUGGACUGGCCCUUGGAUGAGCUGGUGGAGGUCCACGAGGCCACCAGUCUCCAACUGGACAGGGUGGUGAUGGAGAGUGGCCGCUCGGACCUGUUACUGACCUGCGACCUUCUCAACUACAAUAAAGACUUGGUGGAGCAGUGAGGUCAUUGGAAGAAUGACCCCCUCCAAUUUUAAAACCACACGACUGUACACGUGCCUGCUUACUGUCAAUCAUUCAUAAUAAUUCGUCCUAAAUUGUCAAUGUUUUUAUACCUCAGUAAUGUUGGCAAUGCUUUUUAAAUAUAGAACAGAAGCUGGUGAGGGGAGGACAGCUCACAGUAAUGGCUGGGAUGGAAUAAAUGGAACAGCAUGUGUUUGAAACCGUUCCAUUGAUUCUGUUCCAUUAAUUCCUAUGAGCCCGGUCUCUGAUUUAAAGUCCCACCAGCCACUACAGGUAGAAUAAUUCUGAUUACACUAUUCAGUCAUCUAGAUUUGUGUUACGAACUGAUUAUUCAACCGUUUCAGAGGAUCAUUAGGAUCUUACAGAAAAACAUACUUCAACGGGUGUUUUCUAACAAGCCAACUCAAUUACUGUGUACUUAUUUACUUAUACAGUUGUUGGAUACACUGUAUGUCCUUUUGUGCCAAAUGACGGGGGGUAGGUUAUUGUAUAUUCUCAAAGUAUAAGAAGUGGUAACAGUUCGGAUAGAGAGAGAUCAUCAGCCCAGUCCCAAUCCCACUGAGCUAAGGUUACAGCUUUUACCCUACUGUCAUGUGCCUUCCUGUCUGACACCAGUGCCCGUGCAAGUCUUGUUGUCCAGAAAGGGCAGUCUGAAUGGUGGUUACACAGAUCCCGAUAAUCCCUAUCUAGUUUGUUUUUGGAAAAAUUUUAAUCGUGUGAUAUGUUAACAGCUUAUUGGAAAUACAGCAAUCUGAUUAUGAGUGCGUUAGACUUGUCUGUGUGUGGAAGGUGUCGGCUUUAUAAGUGUGUAUAAAGCUUUAUAUGAAUUGCGACGAGGUGGAUAUUUCUCAUGAAAAUGAUAUGUAUUUUCUAUAGCAUUAUCUUCUCUGCUGAAGAAGUUUCUUUAGGGAUAGAUGGAAAUUUACUGGGGGGCUGGUCCAACUCAAGGUGUCAAAAAUGCACCCCCUUCCCAACAUAAAAAUAUUUUCACAAGACCCUCCCCUUGCACUGUAAAGUAAAUGUAAUAGCCUCCUCCCUCAUAGAAUUGACUCAAAAUGAUGUUUAUGACCAAAAAUAACUAUAACUGCAGUGACCCUGCGUUUAUGAACGUGGAUAUCGACUUUGUCACUUCAGCAUGCUUUUGUAGCAGGGCCACGGGCCAGAAGGCUAAUGGGUUCGCCGACCACCACAGGCGAGCUCACCCUCCCUGCCUGUUUCAUUACACUAUGAUCAGAGCCAACUGCAGUCAAUGCUUAGCUAGGGGUAAUCAGAUGUUCAACAUUUUGAUGCUGUAUUUAUAAAUAUAUAAAAUACAUGCAUUGAAUUUUUCCACCAACAGGUGUCUGUGCCAAUGCACCACACAACCAAUAAACAAAGCAUACUGACUUCGUGCACUUCAAUAGCAUGGUUUGUGUUUUCACCACAAUAAAUAGCCUGUCAAUUUUGACAAACAGAAAUACAUCCCUCCCUACCUUGUAGGCUUAACCAGUAUCAAAGGCUUGGCUUGACAAUCUCCGAAUGUCAUUAAACUUUUUGGUGUUUUGUAA